GUUGCUGAGGUUACUGAAGCCGCUGAGCCAGCUGAGCCCGCUGCUGAAGAAGGAACUGAAUUGGCUGCUGAUGGUUACCGUUACAAAACAAUUCGCCGUUUGAAAUACCGCAAACGCCGCGAUGUUGAUGAAGUCCCACAAAAUGAAUACCUCCCACCUACUGAAGACGCUAAAGAAUCCGUUGUUGCUGAGGUUACUGAAGCCGCUGAGCCAGUAGAGCCCGCUGCAGAAGAAGGAACUGAAUUGGCUGCUGAUGGUUACCGUUACAAAACAGUCCGUCGCUUGAAAUACCGUAAGCGCCGUGACGUUAAUGAAGUSCCACAAAACGAAUAUCUUCCACCUAUUGAGGAUGCCCAAGAAUCCAUUGUUGCUGUGGUUACUGAAGCCGCUGAGCCAGCUGAGCCCGCUGCUGAAGAAGGAACUGAAUUGGCUGCUGAUGGUUACCGUUACAAAACAGUUCGUCGCUUGAAAUACCGKAARCGCCGUGACGUUGAUGRAGUSCCACAAAUGGAAUACCUCCCACCUACUGAAGACGUUCAAGAAUCCGUUGUUGCUGAGGUUACUGAAGCCGCUGAGCCAGUGGAGCCCGCUGGAGAAGAAGGAACUGAAUUAGCUGCUGAUGGUUACCGUUACAAAACMGUUCGUCGCUUGAAAUACCGUAAGCGCCGUGACGUUGAUGAAGUCCCACAAAGCGAAUAUCUUCCACCUAAUGAGGAUGCUGAAGAAACUGCUGUUACUGAAGUUGCUGAACCUGCUGAGCCAGCUGCUGUUGGUGCUACCGUCUUAGCUGACGACGGUUACCGAUACAAAGUAGUACGUCGGCUGAAAUACCGCCACCGUCGUGAUGUGAACGAACUACCCGCUAAUGAGUACCUGCCACCAGCAGAGGAAGGCCAAGAAGUUGCGGAGCAACAACCAGAAGAAGAAACAGCUGCGCUCGCUGACGAUGGCUAUCGGUACAAAACUGUGCGCCGUUUGAAAUAUCGCCGCCAUUAUUCUGAAGAAUCAUUAACCNCCAUUGUUGCUGAGGUUACUGAAGCCGCUGAGCCAGCUGAGCCCGCUGCUGAAGAAGGAACUGAAUUGGCUGCUGAUGGUUACCGUUACAAAACAAUUCGCCGUUUGAAAUACCGCAAACGCCGCGAUGUUGAUGAAGUCCCACAAAAUGAAUACCUCCCACCUACUGAAGACGCUAAAGAAUCCGUUGUUGCUGAGGUUACUGAAGCCGCUGAGCCAGUAGAGCCCGCUGCAGAAGAAGGAACUGAAUUGGCUGCUGAUGGUUACCGUUACAAAACAGUCCGUCGCUUGAAAUACCGUAAGCGCCGUGACGUUAAUGAAGUSCCACAAAACGAAUAUCUUCCACCUAUUGAGGAUGCCCAAGAAUCCAUUGUUGCUGUGGUUACUGAAGCCGCUGAGCCAGCUGAGCCCGCUGCUGAAGAAGGAACUGAAUUGGCUGCUGAUGGUUACCGUUACAAAACAGUUCGUCGCUUGAAAUACCGKAARCGCCGUGACGUUGAUGRAGUSCCACAAAUGGAAUACCUCCCACCUACUGAAGACGUUCAAGAAUCCGUUGUUGCUGAGGUUACUGAAGCCGCUGAGCCAGUGGAGCCCGCUGGAGAAGAAGGAACUGAAUUAGCUGCUGAUGGUUACCGUUACAAAACMGUUCGUCGCUUGAAAUACCGUAAGCGCCGUGACGUUGAUGAAGUCCCACAAAGCGAAUAUCUUCCACCUAAUGAGGAUGCUGAAGAAACUGCUGUUACUGAAGUUGCUGAACCUGCUGAGCCAGCUGCUGUUGGUGCUACCGUCUUAGCUGACGACGGUUACCGAUACAAAGUAGUACGUCGGCUGAAAUACCGCCACCGUCGUGAUGUGAACGAACUACCCGCUAAUGAGUACCUGCCACCAGCAGAGGAAGGCCAAGAAGUUGCGGAGCAACAACCAGAAGAAGAAACAGCUGCGCUCGCUGACGAUGGCUAUCGGUACAAAACUGUGCGCCGUUUGAAAUAUCGCCGCCAUUAGUUAGAUCAAUUGCAUUUUAAGACACAUAGGAACAAAAAGCUAUUAUUCAUGUACAUAAAACAUAUAGGCAAAGGUAUACACUUAAGAUAUGAAGGAAGGAAUGAAGUAA